UCUUCAUAUGGGAAAGAAAGGAAGUGGUUCAUGGUUAACAGCAGUCAAGAGGGCUUUCAGGUAUCCAACCAAGGAUGCUACCAAAAUACAAGAUGAAAAUAUAGAUCAGGAUGAUGAAAUGAGGAAGAGGGAGAAGAGAAGAUGGUUGUUUAGAAGAUCAUCUAAUAAUACUGUUGUACAACAUCAAAGUCAAGUGAAGGAUAAUGAUAAUAAAGCAUCAACUAAUGAUGUUCCCCAACAACCUAAACAUAUCAUCGACUUGGCUACCACAGAUGAAGAAAAGCAUGCCAUUUUAAUGGCAGCAGCCACCAUAAAAGCCGCAGAAGCUGCGGCUACAACCGCCCAUGCAGCUGCGGAGAUUAUUCGCCUCACCACCAGGCCUUCUUCCAUUUCUGUCAAGCACCAUUUUGCUGCCAUUCUCAUUCAGACAUCUUUCCGUGGCUACCUGGCAAGAAGUGCAUUACGAGCACUGAAGGGGAUAGUGAUGCUUCAAGCAGUUAUUCGAGGUCAGAAUGUGAGGAAGCAAGCAACCAUUACUUUAAAAUGCAUGCAAGCACUUCUCCGAGUGCAAUCUCGCCUACAAGAUCAAAGAUCCAGGCUCUCACAUGAUGGUGGUAGAAAGUCUAUGAUAGCUGAAACUGCAAAUUUCUGGGAGUCAAAAUACCUUCAGGACAUAAGACAGAGGAAGUCCAUGUCCAGAGAUGGAAGUUGCUUCCCAGAUGAUUGGAGUGACAGACCACACACUCUUGAAGAGCUUGACGCUAUAUUGCAGAGCAGAAAGGAUCGUGAAACGUCUCUUGCUACUGCCUUCUCCCAACAGAAACCCAACAGAAAUCCGUCUAAUAUGGAUGAGGAGCUUGAAGAAAGUGCUAGUUGGUUAGAUCGAUGGAUAGAAGCAAAGCAAUGGGAAAACCAGAGAAGCAGCAGAGCUUCCUUUGAUAGAAGGGACUCCAUAAAAACUGUUGAAAUUGAUAAUUCACGACCCAAUUCUCGUUCAGGUACCAGCAUGCACAAACUGCCACACCACACUUCACAUUACAUCCCCAACUCACCCAGUCGAAGAUCAAGCUACAGUCCUUCCAAUGGUCAACAACCCAUCACCCCAUCUCCAAUCAAGACAAGACCACUACAGAUACGGUCGGCAAGUCCACGCUGUUUAAAAGAGGAGAGAAGCUACGUGAACACAAACAUACAAAGCCUACGGUCAACCCCACGUGUCAUGGGGAGCAUGUGUCGCUAUAGCACUUGUGCAAACGAUACAGCAAUACCCAACUACAUGGCUGCAACAGAGUCUGCUAAAGCAAAAACACGGUCACAGAGCACACCUAGGCAGAGACCCUCCACACCAGAGAGGGAACGAGUGGGAUCUGCAAAGAAAAGACUAGCAUACCCCAUCCCAGAUCCGUGUGACGAUUACAAGGCUCAUUAUUAUGAUUAUGGCCACAACCUGAGGAGUCCGAGUUUCAAGAGUGUCCAAGUAGGUCAUGUUGGUAUGGGACAGCAGUGGUAUUAUGCAGAGAGCACCGCUGGAGAAAUUUCCCCCUGUUCUACUACGGAUUUAAGAAGGUGGCUAAGGUGAACUAACCUGAUGGCCAUCAGGGAGAAUUGCAGUAAU